GUGUGUCAGCACUGCAUUCUGGGAGACUGUUCCCAAAAUAUCAAGAACGCAUGCGUGCGCUGCUUCUUUCCUUUUGCCUCGUUGCUACCGAGUGAGCAAGAUGGGUCACCAGCAACUCUACUGGAGCCACCCGAGGAAAUUCGGCCAGGGCUCUCGCUCUUGCCGCGUCUGCUCCAACCGCCACGGCCUGAUCCGGAAGUACGGCCUCAACAUGUGCCGCCAGUGUUUCCGCCAGUACGCGAAGGACAUCGGCUUCAUUAAGUUGGACUAAGGGAACUUCUGUGAAUGGGUCAUUGAAGACAUCUCUCUACCUUACGACAAUGCUAUCUCUUUGUACAUAAAAUAAAAAAAACAACACUUCAAA